GACAUCACCACCGCAGAGACGUGUGUCAGUUGGAGCAGUGGAACAGGGGGUUGGCAACUCAAGGGCGGCUGAGAGUCGUAUCUUCAGUCUGGCCAGACGAGGAAUAGUGCAGGCUGAUCCAGGACCCAGACCCAGAAGAGGAGGUGGGGCAUUCUCAAGGUUGGGUCCCAGACCUGGAGGCCGCGGAAACCGACUGCAGCAACAUGACAGCGGGGAUGAGGAGGACACCAGAGGCAGGCCCGCUCUUCAGUCGUCAGUAGUUGCCACCCCUGUAAGGGAAGAAAGGAGUCGUAAAAUGUCCAUUGAGGAACAGAACACAGACAGGAAAGGUCAAGCCAGGAACCGUAGGAUGUUUGGGCUCUUGCUUGGUACACUGCAGAAAUUCAAGGAUGAAUCCAAAGAGAGCAAAGAAAAGGAAGAGCAGCGUAUAAAGAUUGAAAAGAAACUUGAAGACAAAUUCCGCCAAGAAAAAGAGGAAAUCCUUAAGGAGAGGAGAGACCUAUUUCUGGAACGACGUCGAAAACAAAUUCGCAUAAAAUUGAUCGAACAGAAAAUGGAAAUGGUUCAGAAUCAUGAGUCCUGGGAGAGAGAAACCAAGAAGUUGCAGAACUUCAUCCUGACCAAGGCCAAGCCAUGUCUGUUCUACAUGCCCAAGAUGCUGACAGAGGACUCUGAGACCAAGCUGCAGGACACCAAGCUAGCCGUGGAUGCUAUGAUUGAAAAUCGCCGUAAAAAGCUGGAUGAGGAAAUCAACGACUUGAUGAAUCGCAUCCAGGAUAAUGAGGAAGGAGGAAAUGAUGAUAACGAGGAGGAGGAGGAAGAGCAUGAGGAGAGAGAGAAUGAAGAUGAUGAAAAUCAUCCAAGUAGGGGUGAGGAAAAAAUGGGAGACAGCGAGGGUGAAGAGAGGAAGGAAAGAAAUCGCAAUUCAAACAGGGAGGAGAAAGAAAAUAAUGGAAGCUUUCAAGAUGACGAUAAAGAGGAAAUGGAAAUGAAUGAGAGAGAGUUGAGGGACAAGGAAAGAGAACAGAGAGAUAGGGAUAGGAGAAUGAGAGAACAAGCAGAGAGGGAAAGGGCUCAUAAAAGAGCCCCGUCUGAAACUAAAGAGGGAAGUCCUAGUAAAAGCAGUGAGCCCAAAAAUAGGAGCAAGAGUGGGGAGCAAAGGGUUAGAUCCCAUCAAGAUAGGAAAAGGUCACGUUCACACUCACGGGGGCGUAGGUCAAAAAGUAGGGAAAAGCAUAGGUCAGGAAGUAGAGAUAGGCAUAGGUCAGGGAAGAGAGAAAAAAGGGAUUCACAUCAUAGUGGUGAGAAAUCUAAAUCCAGAAGGUCUAAAGGGGAGGGUAAGGCAGAAAAAAUCUCCAAGGUUUGGGAACCAAUGGAAGAUGAGGAGGAGGAGGAAUUUGUGGGCUCUAAGCCAGACACCAUUACUGAAGGUGGCAAUAUUCAGAGCAGAAUGUUACAAAUGGCAGGUCUGGCUGAUGCGUAUCAGAGUGUUAGCAAGAAGGGGGCAGACCGGCGAGAGGCUGGAGAGGGGAGAGAUUGGAUGGACUCGGUGUAUGGGCAGAGAGUUGAGAGAAAGGCAGGGGACAAUCAGAGGUCCGAAGGUGAGGAGCAAAAUGAAUAUAGCCAAGAUAACCCAGAGUCUGGCCCGGAGAAUGAUGCUAGCUCAUAGGAAAACUGUAUAUACUAAAUGUGGAGAUGUAUGUUUUUAAUGCCUCGUUGCUCAUUUAUUUUUUUAACGUAAAUGAUUUUGGAGUAUGCAUCUUAAAAUAAAUCCUUAGCUUAUUUACAUAGUAUUAAGCUAUUAAAGUACACAUACUACAUGUAUUUAUAAACCAAUGUUUUUAGGAAUAAAAUUUAUGUUAACAUAUUUUACUUGUUUAUUCCUAGAUGACAUAGUUUUAUGCUAUGAGAGUUUGUGAAUGCUAAAUGUCUUCCUCCACUACCACAAUAGUAUGAAAAGAGGUUAGGUGUAACCCAUAACAUACUGUGCAAAAGCCCCAAUGGACUUGUCAGGUACUUUGUCAGAUUAGAUUCUAAUAUUGGCAGACAUUUAUUAAAUCUGCCAGACAUGCAAGCUUUUAACAUUAGAGCCUUUUGAAUGUUUUGUCAAAACUUGUUUCUGGCAACAACCAAAUGUUUGUCAGACAUGCUAAUGUUUUGCCAGAGUUUUCUAACUGUCUGCAAAACGCCAAUUGGGCCAUCAUUUACAUCUAGAACACCUUCAUUGACUCUUGCUUUGGUCAGAUCUUUCAAAUGUAAAUCUAAACCGUGAAUGGAUUAUGAAAAAAAUGCAUUCUUUUAUUAAAUGAAGUCAUUUAUGUAUACAAUUCACAUAUGGGAUGAGCAGUCCAAGCGAUAUGAAUGGGUGGAUAAAAAGAGAAUGUUUUAUAUCCUGCGAACGAGCAUUGCAAAUUAAUAGUAUUGCAUAUUGACUUCAUACAGUACCUGAUAACUUGAAAACAAUUGCCUUUCUUAAAAUCCCAAACUGGUAAGUAUCUUAUUAUCAUCAAUAUAUUAAUCUUGCAAUCAAUGUCAUUAUUCAACCUUCAACUUUUACUUUAAAUCUGCACUCUUGAUAGUCAGUUAAUUUCUUUGGAGCAUUUCUGUACAAUGUUCUGCCCUUUGGUCUAUCUUUAUUCUUGAAAGGCCGGUAUGUAAUAUUUUGUUCAUUAAUUUUUGUUUGAGACAUAGCCAUGAGAUAAUGCAAUAUAUUUGGGCAUGUUAAACUUACUAUACAUGUAGCUUUGAAUGAACCAACAGUUAGUUUAAGCAGAAAACAGAAUGGUGGUUUCUGUAUAAUAUUUUUGCAGGAAUGAAUGAUUGAAUGCAAUGUUUCCCUUAUUUUGUUGGCAUCCAUUAUUCACUUGCUUUUUGAGCACCACUUCAGUGACCUGAAUUAUGCAUAACAUUAUUUGCAUAAUACAGAAUUAUCUCUUUAGAACUGCAUGUAAGCAUAACUAGAACAUUGUUUUUACCAAGUAUGGCCCUGGUGUCGGUGGGGACCAUGCAGACAUUUUCUUUUAUCAACAAGACAACUGUGUUAGAUUAGAGUUAUCUUAUUCUAUGAUCAGUUUUAUUAUGUAAACAGGUAGAUUUUUUAUCAGUAAUUACCAAUGUACAUUUUGUGUGUAUAUAUUUGCUAUUGCAUGUUUAAGUACAUUUGUUUUCUUUUCAAAUAUUCCAUUUUCAGAACAGAAUUUCAAAAAUAAACUUAUAACGCAU